AUGAAGCUAUUUUCUCCUACGUCAUUGCUACAACUCAGAGGUUAUAGGCCUCCACCAAGGUUCCAUCAGUUUCAACCUAGAAACUUGCGCCACCGCUUCAACAACAUCAGAUGGGGAGAGUUGGUGUACCCUGCCUUGUUUACUGGUGCUUUUUGUGCAAUAACUCCUUAUAUUUUACCUUAUAUUGUGGAUUCCAUCCCAGCUCUCAAGCGCAAUCCCUCACUUGUUACGAUCCCCAUUAUUGGUAUCAACGUGGGAAUUUUCUUUGCUCAUAGACUGCCUCGAUUAUUGCCCUUAUUGAGAAAAUACUUCCUUCUCGUCAAUGCUCGUCCUUUUAGCGUUUGGUCUAUGUUGGGUUCUGGUUUCUCCCAUCAAAGCUUCACCCACUUGUUCUUCAACAUGUUCUGUUUCCAGUCAUUUGCUCCAGCUCUUUGCGGUGUGCUCGGGCCAUCUACUUUCCUUCUGGUUUACUUGGGCUCAAUCGUUUGUUCAUCGUUUGCCUCCCUCGCUUUCCGGACAAUCUCCCUGAGCCUGGUUAUUCUUUCCUUGGGUGCCUCAGGCGGUAUCUUCGGCAUCCUUGGUGUGUUCUCAUAUCUAUUCCCCAACGCUGGUGUUGCCCUCUUCUUCAUUCCUGUUCCUGGCGGUGCCUGGAUGCUUUUCUUGGCAUCAUUUGCCUUCAACGUGGCUGGCUUGUUCUAUCGUGGACCAUUCGAUUUUGCAGCACAUAUUGGGGGUAGUGUGGCAGGAAUUUACUAUGGCUGGAGAGCUAAUGAAGAAAGGAAGAAACGCAGGCGUAGAAGAAUUGUCUUUUGA